AUGCAGCCGCCGAAUUCACGUAUAGCAAAGACGUUGUGUCUCGACGAUGAGAAAAAUAAAAACACUCAAUACCUGGAGGCAAAUGGUCUCCAAACGAUGAUGGAUCUCGAGACUGACACCCGCUACGAAAGUAUGCUGUGGUGCAUGCAACUUCUUAAAAAGAUACAGAUCGGACGUGAUGAAGAUCAAACCCUGCCUUUCAAUUUCAUGGUAUCUUAUAACAGGCCAGACGGGGUGUUCGGUAGCUAUACUGGCAAUAUCUCGCACAUG